AUGACAUAUGUAUACAUGUAAUUAGUAGGUUGUGUAUUUUGUGUUAAUUAGUAUUUACAUAAACAUAUGCUUUUAAUUAAUGUAUGAUCUCAUGUUCCUAUGGCCUUAUGCCCUCUUUUGUGUAAUGUACAAUGAGCUGGACAGCUCUGUCCAGCUCAUGAGGACUCACUUGUCUACUAGGACUCACUUGUCUACUCCAUAUAGACCCUUUGUUAGUUACCUGUGUACAAUAGUGUCCUUUCUUUGUUAUGUUUUGUAUUUAAGUUCUGUAAUCUUAGAGCAUUUUCAUUUUCUCUUUUUGUUGUAAAAGUAUUUUAACUUGAUCUCUGCUAACUUUACUACGUGCAGCAACUCUAGCUAAUCGCUAUUGUAGUGCUGAUUCUCAAUAUUGUAUGUGUUAUUAUCGUUUAAGCUCCAGGUUACCAGAUAUUCUCACAAAUAAUAAGAACUGGAUGCAAGGCAGCAAUAUGGCUAUUAGAAAGACAUUUUAUGUAGCCACACCUUUCACCAGUAGGAGUAUCAAGUUUGCAUACCAAACCAAACUAAAGAGUCAAGAGCCCUUUAAAAGCCUCUCAUUUUGACAAACUUAGUCUAAUUCAUCCCCUCGUUUCUUUUCUUCCGCAGAAAUGGUUGAUCUUUCUCAGUGGAGAGCUGCCAUUGGUCUUUGGCACUGUCGUUUAUGUAGCAGUCACCGUGGAGCAGGGUUACGGAAGUCACAACACGGCAAUAGCCAUCAGACUGAGGUAACUGAUCCUCUAGACUGGAUGAAUAAUGAAACUACUGGUACUGGAGCUAGGGUCUGUGGUGUGAAAUUUGCGUGGCUUGUUGGAUGCUCUUGUUUUCUAUUGGUAUUUUUAUUAUUUCAGUUGAUCCUUCUAUCAGGAGAUGUGGAACUGAAUCCUGGUCCUAUCACUAUUGAACAAGCUUGUAAACUGAUUGAGGAGUCCCUUCGCAUGCAUUCUGAUGAAUUAGAGAAAGCAUCAAAUUACUACAUGAAAGAAGCAAUUGCUCAGAUCUUUGCUGUUAACUUAAUAUCUCAAUCAGUUUCAUUAACAUUCAAUGGCAUUAUUGAUGAGUUAAUGGCUGAGUUGCAUUCAAUACAAGGUGUAUCACACUUGAUGGACCGUUAUGAGCUAUUUCUUGGUUGUAUUUUGUCUCAAGGUGAAGCCCAUGAAGAUUUCCAUAGUCAUUUAGCAGCAGAAUGGUUCAGAAUUAAACUUCAAUUAGAAGAAGUGUCUGUAGAUGUUUCACAUGAAGUUGUUUCUUCUGAUAUCAUCAAUAAAAUUCAAGAACAGAGCAACAGAACAACGCCAGAGCAACAUCCUCUGUCAAUUUCAUUGCAAGAAAAAAAUUUCCAGGCUGAGCCUAUGUCUCCUCAUCACAGCAAUAAAACUGGUUCAUCAACAGUAAGAGAGUAUGACACAUUAAAGAAGAAUUUUGCCAAUAUUUGUAUCACAUUAGCUGGAAAUGUUGAAGUCAUAUCUCAAUUGAAUGAUUCUCUUUUCUCACUCGAGUGUAUUCCUGAAGCAGUACAUAUUGCAGUUCAGAAUACUAGCAUUUCUCCUUAUGACAGAGCUAACAAAUUAGUCUAUUCAUUAUUGUCAAUACUUAAGACCCAUUCAAAUCCUAGUGGUGUAUUUUUUUCUUUCAUUACUUCACUAAAAGAAGUUGGGCUAACUGUAAUUUCUGAUACACUAUCAAAUAACCACAACGUUCCUCUACUAAUUGAGUUACAUAGUUCUGAUAAACAUGAAGUGACAAAUUCAUUACAUGAAAGUCAAGUUAGCAUUAGAAGAGCUCAAAAUGAAGUAACUGUCAGGAUCAGUUCAGAAAGUCAAGUCUUACAAAAUAUUCAAGAUCUAAAAAGAGACUUUACUUCUUUGGUAACAGAGAUCAGAAUAAUCCUAGCUGAAUCUACCAGCACUAAAGAAAUAAAGGCUAUAUGCAUAUAUGUUGAAGAAUAUCUUGGUGUAACUGGUCUAUCUGAAAUUACAAGUGUUGAUCACCUUUUCAGUAAGAUUAAGCCACAUUAUUCAUUUCUUAACUGUCACUUGGUUCAUGAAAUAGCUGGAAUGUUUUUGCCCACAAAAUGUGAUGUACAAAUCAAAAUAAGAAAUUAUGUGCAAAAAUUAAAUACAUUUGAAAAAUCAUCUUCUUUGCAGCAUAUAAUAGAUAUUAUAGAAGAAACAAUAGAGCCCACUCAUGACUCAACUGAUGCAGUUUGUGAAGUUGUUUUUAAACUUGACAGAAGGUGGGGGCCAGUAAUACUAGCAAGCUUUAAAAAAGUUAUCUACCACCUCUAUAGUGAUGAUAGUAGAGUGUUGAGUCACAUUCGCAUUGUUAAAGGAUCGAUAUGCAUCAAAUAUUCAGCACCAAUUUCUCAAUCUGAACCAUUGAUAAAAAAAGCAUUCUCAAAAAUAAGUUUUAUGUAUCAAAUUGGUAUAAUUGAAAUGAGAGUUUGUGAUCACUUUAUCUUAAAAUCAUUUGAUGAAUGUGUCAACUUUGAAAAAUUUCUCCUUGAUAUUGCUAAAUCAGGUUCCCUUAUGCAAUGGCAUUUGGAGCUACUUUUACAGUUAAAGAUUAACAUAGAUUAUAAAAAUGAGGAUGAACAGACAGCUCUUAUGAUUGCCAGUGACAAUGGCCAUUAUCAGAUUGUGGAAUUGCUACUUAGAGAAGGUGCUGAUACUAAACUCCAAACUCAUAGCCAAGGAGCAACUGCAUUAAUGCUGGCCAGUGCUAAAAGUCAUACGCAAGUUAUUGAUUUAUUACUGAAAAAUGAUGCUAAUUUUAACAUUCAAGAUAAAAAAGGGCAAACUGCUCUGUAUAUAGCUAGUAAAAAUUGUCAUCACCAAGUUGUAGAACUGUUACUCAAAGAAGAUGCCAAUGUUAACAUUCAGAAUAAUAAUGGAUGGACUGCUCUAAUGAUUGCCAGUCAGAAUGGUCAUCACCAGAUUGUGGAACUGUUACUUAAAGAAGGUGCUGAUGUUAACAUUCAAGACAAUGAUGAAGAGACUGCUCUUAUGAUUGCCAGUCAGAAUGGUCAUCACCAGGUUGUGAAAUCAUUAUUAACAGAAAGUGCUCAUGUUAACAUUCAAAAUAAUAAUGGAUGGACUGCUCUAAUGAUUGCCAGUCAGAAUGGUCACCACCAGGUUGUGGAACUGUUACUUAAAGAAGGUGCUAAUGUUAACAUUCAAGACAAUGAUGGAGAGACUGCUCUUAUGACUGCCAGUCAGAAUGGUCAUCACCAGAUUGUGGAAUCAUUAUUAAAAGAAAGUGCUGAUGUUAACACUCAAUUCAAUGAUGGAUGGACUGCUCUAAUGAUUGCCAUUCAAAAUGGCCAUCACCAGGUUGUAGAACUGCUACUAGAUGAAUCUGAUGUUGACAUUCAAAGCGGUAAUGGAUGGACUGCUCUAAUGAUUGCCAUUUAUAAAGGUCAUCACCAGGUUGUGGAACUAUUACUUAAAAAAGGUGCUGAUGUUAACAUUCAAAACAUUAAUGGAUGGACUGCUCUAUUGAUUGCCAGUGAAAAUGGGCAUCACCAGGUUGUGGAACUGUUACUUAAAGUAGGUGCCAAUAUUAACAUUCAAAACAUUAAUGGAUGGACUGCUCUAAUGAUUGCCAGUCAGAAUGGUCAUCACCAGGUUGUGGAACUGUUACUUAUAAAAGGUGCUGAUGUUGACAUUCAAGACAAUGCUGGAGAGACUGCUCUUAUGACUGCCAGUCAGAAUGGUCAUCACCAGAUUGUGGAAUCAUUAUUAACAGAAGGUGCUGAUGUUAACACUCAAUUCAAUGAUGGAUGGACUGCUCUAAUGAUUGCCAGUCAAAAUGGUCAUCACCAGGUUGUGGAGCUGUUACUCAAAAAUGGAUCUGAUGUUAACAUUCAAAGCAAUGAUGGAUGGACUGCUGUAAUGAUUGCCAUUCAAAAUGGUCAUCAUCAAGUUGUAGAACUGUUACUUAGCAACAAAGAAUCUCAUGUUAACAGUCAAAGCAAUGAUCCUUAUGGAUGGACUGCACUACUGAUUGCUAGUAAAAUGAAUUAUCACAAGGCUGUGGGACUGCUACUUAAAAAAGGUGCUAAUACUGAAAUUCAAACUUAUGACCAAGGGGCAACUGCACUAAUGCUGGCUAGUGAGAAAGCUCAUACACAAGUUAUUGAGUUAUUACUGAAGCAUACUACUAAUGCUAAUGUACGAAAUAAACAAGGACAGACUGCUUUGUAUAUAGCUAGUGCAAGGGGUCUACAUCAAGUUGUGGAACUGUUACUCAAAGAAGGAUCUGAUGUUAACAUUCAAGACAACAAUGGAGAGACUGCUCUAAUUGCUGCCAGUCAUAAUGGUCAUCAUAAGAUUGCAGAACUGUUACUCAAAAAAGGAUCUGGUGCUAACAUUCAAGGUAAUAAUAGAGGAGCUGCUCCGAUGGCUGCCAGUAAAAGUGAUCGUCCUCAGGUUGUGGAGCUAUUACUUAAAAAUGGUACUGGUACUGAAAUUCAAACUUGUGAUCAAGGUGCAACUGCACGUCAUACACAAGCUCAGUUAUUACUGAAAAAUAAUGCUGAUGUUAAUAUAAAGAAUGAAAAAAGGUGGACUGCUCUAAUAAAUGCUAUUAUCAAUGGUCAUUACCAGCUUGUGAAACUGUUAAUCAAAGGAGGUGUUGAUGUUAACAUUCAAGGCAAUGAUGGAGAGACUGCUCUAAUGGGUGCCAGUGCCUAUGGUCAUCACCAGGUUGUGGAAUUGUUACUUAAAGAAGGUGCUGAUGUUAACAUUCAAGAAAAUGAUGGAGGAGAGACUGCUCUAAUGUUUGCCAGUCAUAGUGGUCAUUACCAGGUUGUGGAACUGUUACUUGACAAUGGAUCUUAUGUUAACAUUCAAGAUAAAUAUGGAGUGACUGCUCUAAUGGAUGCCAGUCAUAAUGGUCAUCAUCAAAUUGUAGACUUGUUACUUAAAAAAGGUGCUGAUACUGAUAUUCAAACUCAUAAACAAGGAACAACUGCACUAAUGCUGGCCAGUGAAAAAGGUCAUUCACAAGUUAUUGAAUUAUUACUGAAACAUAAUGCUGAUGCUAAUGUACAGAGUAAAAAAGGAAAGACUGCUUUAUAUGUAGCUAGUAGAGAAGGUCAUGACUGGGUUGUGGAGCUGUUACUCAAAAAAGGAUGUGAUGUUAACAUUUACAUCAAAAAUGGUUGGACUGCUUUGAUAAUUGCCAGUAAAAAUGGUCAUCACCAGGUUGUGAAACUCUUACUUGACAAAGGAUCUCACGUUAACAUUCAAGAUAAAAAUGGAGUGACUGCUCUAAUAUAUGCCAGCCAUAACGGUCAUCAUCAAAUUGUAGAAUUGUUACUUAAAAAAGGUGCUGAUACUGAAUUUCAAACUUAUGAUGACCAAGGAACAACUGCACUAACACUAGCCAGUGAAAAAGGUCAUACACAAGUUAUUGAAUUAUUACUGAAACAUAAUGCUGAUGUUAAUGUACAAGAUAAAAAAGGGCAAACUGCUUUGUAUAUAGCUAGUAAAAAUUGUCAUCACCAGGUUGUAGAACUGUUACUCAAAGAAGGUGCCUAUGUUAACAUUCAAAAUAAUAAUGGAUGGACUGCUCUAAUGAUUGCCAGUCAGAAUGGUCAUCACCAGGUUGUGGAACUGUUACUUAAAGAAGGUGCUGAUGUUAACAUUCAAGAAAAUGAUGGAGAGACUGCUCUUAUGACUGCCAGUCAGAAUGGUCAUCAUCAGAUUGUGAAAUCAUUAUUAAAAGAAAGUGCUGAUGCUAACAUUCAAUUCAGUGAUGGAUGGACUGCUCUAAUGAUUGCCAGUCAAAAUGGUCAUCAUGAGGUUGUGGAGCUGUUACUCAAAAAUGGAUCUGAUGUUAACAUUCAAAGCAACGAUGGAUGGACUGCUGUAAUGAUUGCCAGUCAGAAUGGUUAUCAUCAAGUUGUGGAACUGCUACUUAAGAAAGGAUCUUAUGUUAACAUUCAGAGCAAUGAUCCUUAUGGAUGGACUGCUCUAAUGAUUGCCAGUCACAUAGAUCAUUACCAGGUUGUCGAACUUUUACUUAAAAAUGGUGCUUAUAUUGAAAUUCAAACUUGUGAUCAAGGUGCAACUGCACUAAUGCUGGCUAGUGAAAGAGGUCAUACACAAACUGUUGAAUUAUUACUGAAACAUAAUGCCUAUGUUAAUAUGCAAGAUAAAGGAGGACGGACUGCUUUGUAUGUAGCUAGUAAAAAUGGCCAUCACCAGGUUGUAGAACUGCUACUAGAGGAAUCUGAUGUUAACAUUCAAAGAGGUAAUGGAUGGACUGCUCUAAUGAUUGCCAUUUAUAAAGGUCAUCACCAGGUUGUGGAACUAUUACUUAAAAUAGGUGCCAAUUUUAACAUUCAAAGUUAUAAUGGAUGGACUGCUCUAAUGAUUGCCAGUGAAAAGGGUCAUCACCAGGUUGUGGAACUGUUACUUGAAGAAGGUGCUGAUGUUAACAUUCAAGAUAAAAAUGGAUGGACUGCUUUGAUGUUUGCCAGUGCAAAAGGUCAUGCACAAGCUAUUGAAUUAAUGCUGAAACAUAAUGCUGAUGCAAAUAUACGAGAAAACAAGGGAAAAACUGCUUUAAUAAUUGCUAAGAGGAGAUGUCACCAAAGAAUUGUUGAACUGCUGGAUCCUGUUACCAGACAGUCCCAAGUCUUAACUUCUUUAUGCAAUAACAUAGUGACUUCAAGCACUACUAUACAAUAUGAUAAACCCUCUACCAUUGAUACUGCUUAUCAAACAAUUGGUCUAUUGUCAUCAGUAAAGGAACAUUUUGUGCAAGCCGUUAAACAUCCUUUUAGUUCUUUUGAUAAUAAAUCCAAAAAGAAUGUUGAUACUGAAGUUGAAGAACAAACACAAUCCAUUUAUCAUUUAUCUAGUAGAGGAUCUCAAAAACCAAGCAUUAGAAAAAGAUUGUUUAGAAGGCAACGUAACGUAACUCUUUACCAUGCAAAUCCUAACAAUUAGAUGUAGUUUUGGUAGUUACAUAUUUAUAUUGGGUGUACAUGUAUUUAUGUUUCUUAUUAUUAAUAUGCUACUAAGAAAUUAAAAUAAUCCAAUGAUGAUUAUCACAGGAACACUCUCUAAUGUACCGGUAUGUAGGCAAAAUAAGAGAGAGACAGCAUGCAUGUGUAAUUGUGCAUAUGUACACGGUCAGUAUUACAGUGAACUGGACUAUUCCCAGUAGUGACAACUAUGUAACAUACUACACUAUCUCCUAUACUCCAUCUUGUCCUCAGUUAUCAUCAGGGAAUGAAACAGUCUCUGUUGCUCCUCAUCAGCAGUCCACUACAACAUACAGUAAAAAGGGAACAAAGCCCUCAAAAAAUUUAUUAUAAAUAAAAAAUAGAAAUAAAACAUGUAGGAUAAGCAAGGUUAAA